CAACAUGUGCAAACACCACACCGAGGAUAAGGGGGGGGGUAAUACUAGGGCAGAGUUUGAGACACUAGCUACCACAAAAAAAAAAAAAAAAAAAAACAGGAAGAGAGAGAGAGAGAGAGAGAGAGAGAGAGAGAGAGAGAGAGAGAGAGAGAGAGAGAGAGAGAGAGAGAGAGAGAGAGAGAGAGAGAGAGAACCUCCAAAUUCCAAUUUCAUGAACCAAAUGGGCCUAAAAUUUUAACUGGAGGAAGUUUUUGCAUAG